AGAAACAGACGCUUGAGAGACUGAAGCUGAAACAACAAACCUGCUGAGACUCACCUGAGACUGAAACAACCUCCAGGUAAGAGACGCACCUGAACUGAUACACUAAUUUUGAGACUAAAACAUGUUUGUUAAAGUCUUUGAAACUAAUUUGAAAAAGUUUAAAUCCAGUUUUAGUCUCUUUGAUUCUGACAGUGAAUUAUGUAAAGAUGAUUAUAUGCAGCUCAAAUAGAGAUUUAACACCAUUUAUUCAACUUUAAGUCGACAAAAUAUCACAAAAUAUUUCUUAUUCUCUGACUAAACUGCAGUUAUAUGUCAGUUUUAAUUAAUUCGUUCAUUCAUUUUAAUUCUUUAAGUCAAAAGAGUAGCAGUGGAGCAUGAUAAACAACCACUGAUCUCAUUUAACUUUUUAGAAACUUGGUACUUUUUUUAUCUUCAAUACUCAUGCAAAAGAUGUUUUUAUUGUUAGAUAUCAAGUCAAACUAUUGAAGCUCCUGUUAAGAGUUUUUUUGGCAUUAAUGAAAUAGACUGAGAUUCAAAUUGGAGCCUGUCUAUGAUACACAAAAGGAAACAAGAUCACCAGGUAUAGGAUUCAUGUUUCUUAUAGUGAAGCAGUUCGAAUAAAUGAUGAAAAACUUUAGAGUGAACUUGAUUAGCUCGUUCAGAGUGAUGGGACAACUCUUUAUAAAAUUGCUCCAAUUAAAUAAAAGAACAAUAACAAAAAAUGUGCUGCUAAAAAAGAAAAUAAUCAUUUAAAAGAAUUCCAAAAAAAGGUGUUUUAACACUCUGAAAAUAUCUAACUUAAUAAUAAUUUGUAUUUCUUGAUGGUGUAAUUCUGCAUUUAAUAAUGCUUGAUAGAGUUUGUGCUAUGAUGAAUGCCUGAUGAAUAAUUAGAUUUUCCCACUGAAUAGCAGCAAAACAGAAGUUAUAUUUUAUUAUCUACACCUAAAACAGCGCAUGAAUAAUCAAUAAUCAAAGUUUGCUUAAAGCUGCAGAGGCUGAUUGUGCAAACAGAGAGUGAGGUCAUCUAGCUGACCUUUGACCCUGACUAUGUGUACAGCUGAUGUUCCUACAGUUUACAUGAACAUUAUUGAUGAGUGAGCUGUUAAUCAAUGAGAUUGCCUGCUCUGAUUUUCCAUCAGAGACCUUAUGAAACUCCAGCAGGACUACAUUUAAAUCUCAUGUGAAAUAUUAGGCAUAUUAGUCUUUCACAUUUUUCUCUGAGUUUGACAUUAUUUACAGAAACUUCUCUAAGUUGGAUUUUUGGAUGACUUUUUUUGUUUUUCAACUUCCUUUUUUUCUAAUUCUUAUAAAACAUUUAAAAUUGAAAAACCAGAAGCCGUCUAGUUGACUCAUGUGAAUCACUUCCUGAACCCUCAAGCAGCUUUAUUUGGUGUUUAAUAGUUUUCUCUGGAAGCCUGAAAUAUCCUGAGCUCCUCCAGCCUGACUCAUACAGGUGAUUGAAACCAUGUGUUUGUAGUUUCCAGUAGCAUUGAGUAAUUCGGUGUUCACCCUAAAUCAGAAACAGACUCGCUGUGGGCGGAUAGUUUCCCUCAGAGUCAUUAACUCUGAGGAACAUUUCAUCCUGAUGAGGUCGGAGAAGUUUCCCUCCUUCAUGAUGAAUCCCUAAAAACCACAGUCAAGCUUUCACUUUGAACCACAAACUCAGACAGACUCUUACUCUCUUCCCCAGGAUGCUUUGCGUGUACAUCUUCGUGUUGCUGACCCUGAGCAGAGCCAGCCUCGGCUCUCUGCAGGACAAACAGACCGACUUCGGCCUGAAGGUUUUCUCACAGCUUGUUCAGGACUCUACAAACCAGAACCUGGCUGUGUCCCCAUACGGCGUGGCCUCGGUUCUCGCUAUGGCUCAGCUCGGCGCCGCAGGAAACACUCGUAAGGCUUUAACGGCAGCCAUGGGAUUCUCUCUGCAAGGUGAGUGAUUAAUGAUGCAUAAUAAAAAUGCAGUUUACUGUGAAACCAGAGAUCAUGACAAUGACUGACCAUCCUGGUGUUCCUUCUGCAGAGCGGGGGAUGUCCCGGCAGCAGCGUCUCCUGCAGCGGGACCUGUCCAGUGAGGAGGGCGUGGAAAUAGCCAGUGGGAUGAUGGUGGAGAGGAAGAUGAGCCUGGAGAAAGGAUACCGCCGAGCUCUGGCCAAGGCCUUCCAGACUCACCCCAACCAGGUGGAUUUCACCAAGCCAGAUGAGGCCAUCAGCGUCAUCAACGCCUGGGUGUCAGACCACACUGCAGGUACUCACACCAACAUGUCAACACCUCGCCGUCUGCAUGACUCGUCUGAAAAUUCAGUGUCCUACUUUCUUGGCCUACGUCUCCUGAAUCUUUUUUUAAUCUUCUCCUUUGUAGAAGCCAUCCCAGAGUUCCUGGCGCCUGGAUCUUUGUCCGAUGAGACCCGUCUGGUCCUUCUGAACGCACUCCACUUCCAGGGUCUCUGGAAGGUCCCCUUUGACCCCAAACUGACCCAGGAGAGAAUGUUCCACUGUGCUAAUGGCAGCAACGUACCUGUCCACAUGAUGAGGCUCACCAACCGCUUCCAUUACGGUAUGCUCAAGUUUAAAUCCACGACAGGAACUUUAGGAGGCUCUUAGCACAUUUCCACUGCAGCAAACAGGGUCCACAAAAGUCCCGAAUACUUAUUCCAACUUGCCCCAAGUCUUUGUUGGAAACUUCUGUGUUUCCACCAAAAGAACCAGGAACUUAAAAUCAGCUGUUUUCAGCACUAAGUCCCAUAAUGAGGGGAAGAGUUCCUCUAGAUCAUACCAGGACUUAGGUGUUUGGACCAGCAGCCCUGAAUAUCUGUAAUUGUUUAAGCACCAGCACACAUCAGAUUCACAUCAACGGAAUAGUCUGAAUUUCUGCCAAAAUAUUCCAGACCUUUAAUGCUCAGGAGCAACUUUUCAAGGACCUAAAAGUUCCUCCAGUGAGGUGUUUCCUCUGUUUGGAAAAGGUGUUUGGGUUCCAUGAAGCAUAGACAAGUAUCGUGGGUUUUAACCUCAGUACCUGGUAACAAGGUAGUUUCACAGUGGAAAUUUAGACAACAACAUUCAGAAGGACCUAUUUUUUCUAAAAGUUCCCAGGCCUCACAGUUCCAGGCACUUUUGGUGGAAACAUGACUAAUGUUUGUGUCUUCACAUGUCAGCUUAAUAGUGUGACAUUGAAAUAGCACAUAUUUCACCUUCUCCUUCCUCCACAGGUGAGUUUGUGACCGCUGACGGCGUGGACUAUGAUGUCAUCGAGGUCCCAUAUGAGGGCAACUCACUGAGCAUGCUCCUGGUGUCUCCCUUCGAGCCUGAGGUUCCACUGAGCACGCUCAGUGCAGAUCUGAGCAGUGAGAGGAUUCAUCAGUGGAGGGCGGAGCUUAGGAACGUGAAGAGACAGCUGGCCCUGCCCAGGUGAGUGACCACCUGUCAGACAGAGAGACAGUUGAGGGUGUUCUUUAGAUUUCACUAGAUUAAGGGUUCAUCUCUGAAUCUGAUCUGCCUCAUAAAGAAACCAUGUUAAACUUAUGUGUGUCUGCAGGUUUACUCUGGACUCUGAGGUGAACCUGAAGUCCGCAUUGUUGAAGAUGGGUCUGGGAAACAUGUUCAAUCUGGCAACAGCUGACUUCACUCGUAUCACUGGUGAGUAAGGUUCAAACAGGAAGAUACCACAUUAGAAAUAACCACCAUGUAUCCAGACAAAUCUAACCUGUGUGUGUGUCUUUGCAGCUGACGAGCGGCUGUGCGUGUCGAAGGUUCUGCAGAGAGUGAAGAUCGAGGUGGACGAGCGAGGAACCAGAGGAUCAUCAGCGACAGGUGAGUUAAUGACUCACUCUGCUGAGUUCAAAAUCACAUCAGGUCUGAUCUGACGAGCUUCAUACAAACAGACAAGAAUGGUUAAGUUAGUUAUCAUUUUGACAUCAAGUCUAGAUGUCCAAAUGAUACGUUUACGUGGAGGAUCAGAGAUCUGAAACAUAAAAUAAAAGGACAAUUGAAGAGGGAAUUUUUCUGCCAAAAUAAAAACUGUAAAAAAAUAAAAACCUAAAUUCAAAUAACCUGAAAAAAAUCUUUUAGGAAGCUGCAGAAAGACCUCAUGAGAAAUUUAGUGGAAAUUUGGCCUUGUUAAAUUAUGAACAAGUUUGAAUAGAAACUCUGAGAGUUCAAGUUUCUUUGGACACUGACCCGUUUCUCUGUCUUCCAGCGGCCGUGAUGUUCUCCAGGAUGGCUGUGGAGGAGAUCACUCUGGACCGACCCUUCCUCUUCCUCAUCCAGCACAAACCUACAGGUAACCCCCCUUUCAAUAACAUCUCAUCAUUACCCUCUCAUUAUGAACACUCUCAUCGUUAACCCUCUCAUUAAUAACUCCUUCAUUAUUUAAACCUUUUUCAUUGAAACACUACAAUCAUCACCCAUGUGAUAAGGUCUCAGGUACAGUGUCUCAUGUGUCCACCUCUCUCUGUCUGUCCAGGUGCCAUCCUGUUUGCAGGUCAAUUCAAUCAGCCUUCUGAACGUCAGUAACAUGGAGUCGACUUUCCUGCACUGUGUCUGACUACUGCUGCUCCAGACCGAGAACAACACAGAGAGAAACAGGACUAACUCACUGAUGGUUCAUAAAUGAUGGGCUCAAACAGACAGACCAGGACAGAUAUUGUAAAAAGUGAACUGGGACUUUAUUUUGAAAAUAUGUGUAAAGUUUUAUUUAUUUAUCUGAUUGUUUGUGGUGGACGGGACUGAAAUAAUGAAGGAAGGUUUACUGAUCAGACGGACAUCAUUGCACUUCACAUCAGACGGACAGUCGGCUGCACAUUUAACCACAAAGAUUUAUUUUUAUUAUCUGUAUUUUUAUGUCUAUUUUUGUAAUUGUUUAUGUUACAUUUGUAUUUUGCAAUAUUUAUAUUUAUUAAAGUAUUAUGUUUUUACAAAUGCU